AUGGAUUCUCAAGAUUUUUAUCCCACGAGCGAAACAUCCUUCAAUGAUGGCGCGAUAUUCAAUGACUUUGACAGCUUCAUUUUGGAUCCGAGCCUGACGGAACCCUCAAAAGGUGUCUGGGAUUGGGGCGAGUUCAGUGGUGCAAUGGACAAUGCAACUGUUCAAAAUCCCCUCAUGGACACUGUUUCACUGGAUCACAUUUUGUUGGAUAAUGUUGCGAUUGGAAACUCUGAGAAUGAUGGUGCUCCCAUGGGGACGAUGAACCCAUCGAGCUUCCCGCAGAAUCUAACUCAACAACCCACAAACCAAUUUAGCAAUCUUGAUCACACUCACCAAAUACCUCAACUUGUUCAACAUGACAGUACGAGCUCAUCUGAACGGUUUACCUCCAACGAAACAUGCACAUCAGAAAGCGGUUCUACUCCCGCAACCUCACCAGAAACAGAAGGCUACAGUCCAAAGGAUGACACCAGACCCCGAAAGAAACGAAAUUCCGUCUCAGCAAUCGAGGGCGAUGGGACCAAUCCUCCCCCUAAAAAACGAGGGCGACGAGCCAUCAAGCGCAACGCAGCCGAGAAAGAAAAAUACGAAAAGGAGAAAAGAGCAAACAACGCGGUUGCAGCAGCCAAAUCCCGAGUCAAGAAAGCGGAUCAACAGAAUGAUCUUUUGCAAAAGUCUCACGCCUUGGCCGCGAAGAACGCAGACUUGAUCCAGACCUACGAACAGAUGAAGUUGGAUCUGAUGCUUCUCCUCCAAGAAGCAAAGACCCACCACUCCUCUACCUGCGCCGAGGGUCUUCUGGGCUCGUUCAUGGAACAAUGCGAACAUACGAUCCAAAGCGAUCCUUUGAGUAGCAUGCGAGCUGACGAUGCGAUCAGCCAGAUCAUGAACCGCAAUGGUUCCGUCUCUGAAUCUGACGCUUGUUCUCCAUCUACCACACGAUAA